ACUUCAUGUUUGGAAUGCCGGGGGAGGGGUCGCUCAGUCCAGGUCUCACAUACAGAAAGUGGUUGUUACCAGGCACACCAGAACACGUGUGAAAGGUUUCAAAGAGUGGAAGGUGCAAAGGUUAGGAGCUGUGUGACAGCUGUUGUGAGGGCUGGACGCAGUCCACAGGUCUACUGCCACACCUGACGUCCCAUUGAUUCAAGAAAUGACGGAAAAGGCUCUUGAUGUGGUGGUGGUUGGCUCCUGCAUGACCGACUUGGUGAGCCAGGCACCCAGGCUGCCCAAGGCCGGCGAGACCAUUCAUGGCCAUAAAUUCUUCAUUGGCUUUGGAGGAAAAGGAGCCAACCAGUGCAUACAGGCUGCCCGGCUGGGGGUUAAAACUGCCAUGAUCUGCAAGGUUGGUAAAGACUUCUUUGGAAACAAUUACAUCCAGAAUUUCAAGGACAAUGAAGUACUCACAGACUUCGUCUCGCAGACCAGUGAUGAAGCUACAGGAGCAGCUUCCAUCAUCGUAAAUAAAGAAGGUGAAAAUGCAAUUGUGAUUGUGGCUGGUGCCAAUAUGCUGCUGGGAAAAGAAGAGCUACAGGAGGCGCUACCAGCCAUCAGAAGAGCUAAAGUGUUGCUUUGUCAGCUGGAGAUCAAUCCACAGACAUCCUUACAGGCUCUGCAAAUGGCUCGGGAACACAAAGUAAAGACGGUUUUCAACCCAGCACCCGCCAUCUCUGAUUUGGACUGCAAUUUCUACACAGUCUCAGAUGUGUUUUGCUGUAAUGAGUCUGAGGCAGAAUUGCUCACCGGCUGUUCUGUAGCUGAUGUAGAAGAUGCACAUCGCGCAGCCCAGGAGCUCCAGAAGCGAGGCUGCAGUGCAGUCAUCAUCACUUUGGGAUCCCAAGGCUGUGUGGUGCUCAAGGCACAGGAGUCGAAGUCGAUACACGUCCCAGCUGCUGCAGUCACAGCAGUUGACACUACGGGGGCUGGAGACAGCUUUAUCGGAGCCCUGGCCUUCUACAUGGCCGACCAGCCUGCCAUGCCUCUGGAGGAGAUGGCGCGCAGAGCCAAUCAGGUGGCAGGAGUGAGCGUGCGGGCCGUCGGAACGCAGACGUCCUUCCCCUCCAAACGGAACCUCCCGGCAGAACUGUUCUGAGAUCAGCUGAUGGAGCUCUGCAGGACUGUGGUGUUCUCCUGUUUGCUGCUGACGAUGAAGGGAAGCUUCACAUGAACCACACCGACAUGCAGGAGCACCACAGGAGGCUUUUAAUUCACCAUACGACAAAAAAAAUCACAACAAAUCAAACUCUGAUCAACAAUCUGAACAUGGGUCUUUAGGCCGGAACAACACGCCUAAAUGGAUCGGAUCUUCUUCUUCUCCAAGAACAGGACGUGCUUGUUCACUGCAAAGACAAAAUUAAAAACCCUUUAAAAAA